AGGGGGGUUUUUUGAGUUUGGUGAUUAUACGAAAAUAGGACAAAAGACCUAAAAAAAGAAAAGUGUCCUUGUUUUGUCACAAUAGAAAGAGAGAAAUUAGCUGAGCCAAAUUCGCUACUUUUCAGACAAAACUCCCCAUCCUUCUCACAAAGACUCGCUCAGUGGCCAUGAUCUAUUCUGUGUCAAGGACAACAAACCAAUCUCUCCACAACCAAGGACAGGAAACUGAUCUCUCCACAUCACCAUUCAAAAUUAAGCCACCUUCUUAAAUGUUCCUAACCACAUUGAACUAACAAAACAAAAAUACUCUUUUCUUUCUUUCUUUCUUUUUUCCCCCACCUUUUAGAUUCGUUUUCUUACGGUUAAGUUUCCCUUCAUCCAUGCAAAAACCUGAGGUUUGCAAAAUUCCAAGCUCCGGCCAGCCAUCUAGGCUAAUUAAAUUUCUAAUCGAUGUCAUCUAAUUCUUCAUCAUCCUCAACAACUCUAUCUAUUGGCUCUCCUCUAAUAAGCCUACUUGUAACCGUAAUUCUUAUUGUGGUCUUUUUUAUAGGUUUCUUCUCUAUAUGCUUUUACAGAUGUUUUAUGGAAGGCAUCAUGCACAAUUGGCAUCUCAGGCAGAAUUCACGUGGACUUGUAAACCUGGCCAGUUCGAAAGAAAAUCCUGGACUUGAUUCUUCACAAAUACAAUUUUUUCCAACAUUUACGUAUUCAAACGUCAAAGAUUAUCGACGUGAACAAUAUGUACUUGAAUGUGCUAUUUGCUUGGCAGAGUUUUCUUAUGAUGAUCUACUGCGCCUUUUAACGGUUUGCUACCAUGUUUUCCACCAAGAAUGUAUUGAUCUUUGGCUUGAAGCUCACAAGACUUGUCCGGUUUGUCGUAGAGAUCUUGACUUGCCCAAGGAAAUAUUGGAAAAAACUCGGAUACGAGACCACAGAGCGGACAUUAAUGUGCAUGAUGCUGAUGUAACAAAUGCGUUGCUAGAGCAUGCCAUUAGCAUUCAUAUUAGAGAAGAUAGUGGCGAGGAAGGUGGAGAAGGAAAUGACGAAGUAGGAUCGACUCAUGAUGCGGACAGACAAAACGAGGAGCAUAAAAAAAUGUUGGGAUUGUCAAGGUCACACUCGACAGGGCACUCGAUAGUUGCAACUAGAGAAGAAGAGAAUAGAUAUACUUUGCGAUUGAUGGAACAUGUGAAGGUAAAAAUUACUAGGGGACAUUGUGCAACUGGAAGUUGUAUUACAUUUGGGGACUACUAAAGCUUUAUGAAUGAUGGCUAUGGAGAGUUCUCAGGGUGGUCCCAUGCAGGGACGGAACCAGGGGGAGGCGAGCAGGGGCUCGGCCCCUGCAAAAUAUUUUAAAUUUUUGUAUUUUUAGUAUUUAAAUAUAGAAUAAUAUAACAUAUUUUUAUUUUAAAUAGAUAAGUUUUCUAAUAAUAAAUUAUAUCUUGAGUUUUGACCCUUCCUAUUAUAUAAUUCCAGCUCCAUCCCUAGUCCCAUGAGGGCAUCAAAAGAGAAUAACGUUUUGCUUGUCUUUUUUUCUUUUCUUUUCUUUUCUUGCACUAUAUUUUGAUUACCUUAUUUGAAAUUUCUUGAUAAGUCUUAAAAACUAUACAGAAUCUAUUCAAAAUCGGCUUGCCAUUCUCUGUCUGGUUGAGGCCUCGGAACAAUGCAUAGAAAGGAGCUUAUUGAUUCCCAAUUAAA